CAUCGUUCAUGUUUCUUGACCUCACUUCACUUAGAACGACACUCACUCUCCUCCGAACUUGUGACUGACUGCGUGCCGCGGACACGCGCUAUCACGCGGCUCUGUGGUCAUUUAUGUGAUUGGCCCCGUUAGUAGGAGCAUCGUCCCUCUUCUCGCUCCGAGCGCUCUCCGCCGCCUACACCGCAAUCAUAAACACUAUCACCCAAAUCUACCCCACACCGAAAUUUCGCUCGUUUGCUGUGUAACUUCCUCUCCCGGCAGAGACAGAGCAGUAUAUCUGAAGCGAGCCGAGGCCACGCAGCUACGAGCAGCUCCGCACCACCCCCGCGGUAAUCUCCCUGCGCAGGUAACCGCUAUCUAUAGCCUGCCAUGCCCUGCUUCCUGGGGCUCGCGGUGAGCAUCCACACUCCCAACGGGCCGCUGUCAGAGCACUCGAUACAGAAGCAAUCCAAAUUCCACCGCAUUACGUCGUACAUUCCCGUGCCGCCCGCAACAAUUCCGCCUGGUGCUACCAAGCCUGAGCAGUCUACAUUCGCUAUCUCGAUCACUCUACUCACCCCAGGUCUCCAUGUCCCCUACUCGGCACCCAAGCCCACUGCCGAAGACCCCAACCCGAAACCGAAAAUCGUCGGCGGCCUCCCAGGCUUCACCAGCGAGCGGGGCAAGUACGGUGCUGGCAUCGCUCCCUACAAGCCUCUCACGACUUCACCAAACGAGACGAUCGCCGCCUAUAUCUACUUCGAUGGACGAGCAAAAGAGGAGGUAGCGACACUGUUACGGCGCGGUGAGGAAACAUGGGUGAACUCCCGUUGGGUCAGCGUGCCAGACUCAGAAGGAGGAGGACUAGCUGAGCGCGAGUUCCUGUUCCGCGAAGUCGGGCUAGAACGUUGGCUCAACGGACUCGAUCUCGAGGGUACAGACAAGAACGUGGCUGCCAAGAUCGAGCGGAGAAAGCAGCGUCUGGAGAAGAAGCGCAGGAAGAGGAGGGAAGCGCGCGGCAGCAGUGACGAAGACGAGAGCAAACCAUCACGAAAUGGUGUUCUGCGCUACGGCGAUGAGAAGGAUGCGCCCGUCGAAGCAUUGUCAGGGAACGAUGACUUCUUCACAUCAGACUCCGACUCAGACGACGAGCCUCCUGUACCGGAAGCUGCAGGUCAGAUCAAGGUCGCCUUGUUCCGUGUCCUAGCGUCUGGCGAGAUUAAGCGCGGGGAGUACUCGCCGCAAUUUGAUGCGCACGACGACGAUGAAGCAAACGGCGGCGAUGGCGAAGAUAUCGACCACACCACAAGUUUUGCCAAGCCUAAGACGCUGGAUCCCAAGUCGAUUAGCACACAGACCGUCACCGGUAUUGACCCCCCAGACAAGCCAUAUGCUGUCUUUACUUUCUUGUACCGCGGAGAGCGUCAAUUGCAGAAGAUGGGUAUUCUUGAGACCGACGACAAGAAGGCUACUGUAGCAUCACCGGCGACCCGUCGGAAAUCAGGACUGGAUUUCGGCAGCCUUAAGCCCCUGAACGCAGCCUCAGGCACAAAGAACUUUGGAGGCUACCGCGAUAUGCACUCACCAAAGGCUAAGAAGAAGAAUGAAGACGCCAUGGACAGCGACGCGGACGACGAAGACGAUGCGAGGGCUGACGAUGCCGAUGAUGAUAAGGACGUCAUGGACAAAGGCAUGCUUUCGCCCGAGGAUUCAGCCAAGCAGGGUGAACUUGCAGAAGGCGUGCGGAAGAUCAAGCUGAAACGACAGCAUUCCGCUGAACCUCUUGCACACGGUCCGCCCGCAGGCGAGUCAUCCUCCGGGUCACCUGUCUCUGGCACACCUGUGCCAGGCAACUCGGCCGCCGAAGGCUCCUCAUCCACCACUGCGACCGCCGACGUCGAGAGCAGUGUCGCCUCACCAUUCAAGAAGCACCGCGCUUCCUUGCCAGGCUUCGACGAGAACGUGCGCAAGAGCCUGGGCCAGACUCUCUUGAGUGCACAAAAAGAGCGAGGAAACUCUGAGGGUACGAUCCCCACCACGACCAUCGAAUCAAAGAUGGAAGAAGAUGAAGAGUUGUGACUUUGGGAAAUCCGUAUGCAAAGCGCAUUUGGAUGAGCCCGCCACCACUAUGAGCUAGCUUCUGACUUUACUUUCAUUGUAGCUCCAUUGGGAGGCUUCGCAGAUUUGUCUCAUUUUGGCAGUUCCACGGUUACGCACAGCUUUCCUUACCGUCGAUAUCGUAACUCAAUACUAUACCACGCGGCGCCACAGCAUAUGGGCCGGCAUCUGCUACACUGGCGCUUUUGGAAGAGACUCGAAAAUUGGGCGGUUUGGAUAUGAGUAUUUGGACUUUCUCCAUACUGUACAUCCUUUGUUCCAUUGUAAGAGCAUGACGGGAGAAGACUGCACCGCGAUGCAAUCAUUGAUAUAUAGCUCCGCCA